AUGUUCCGAUUUAUCAAUGCUUGGCUACAGGCGGUAUUCCGGUAUAUCACUGCUUGGCUUCAGGCGGCGGCGGCGGCGGAUGAUUCUGAUUGUGUCCCAUUGCCUCGGGCGGCGAUGGAUUUUCCUGUCACUGUUUCGCUUGGCCCCCUCCACCGGCCGCUCCAUUCAUUCAGUGCUACAAAGAACAAUCUCCCAGAUGGGCUUAGCGAGGGCCAGGUCCGGCGCCUCGAAGAAGAUCUGGAGACAUUGUUCACUGAGCUCAAGGUCGUGUCGGAGGCGGACGACCCCAGCUUCACGGCCGGAUGCUGGAUGAAGGAGGUGCGGGAACUCCGCUACGACGCAGAGGACUUCUUCAACGAGGUCCCGCGCUCCUCCGCCGGCGCCGGCAGGAGCGCUCUCCUCUCCAUCAUCCUCUGGAUCCCCAGUGAACUGAAGCGGCGGCGCCAGGCUGGGGAAGCUUUCUCAGUUCUGCGGACUCGUGCCAGGGAUGCGAGUCAAAGACGCCAAAGCUUCCACAUUGGCCCAACAACCAUCAAGCCUGAAUUUGGGCAAGCCAAUCUUGUCAAACUGAUGGCUUUGGAUGACCAAGUGAUUGCAGAUCUGCUGGCCUUUGACAGUGAAGAAGCAGAGGAACAAGUUCAGGUGGUACCUAUCUUUGGAUCUGCAGGUGUUGGCAAAACCACACUUGCUCGAACCUUCUACCGUAACUUUAGCGGACAGUUCCACUGCCAGGCUUUCGUGCGGGUGUCACGAAAUCCAGACAUGAGGAGGAUGCUUUCCAGCAUGCUCUCACAAAUUAAGGCGCCACCCGUCCAUGGCUUUCCUGACGUGCAGGACCUUAUUGAUCAUAUCAGAGAAUAUCUGCAAUGGAGAAGAUACUUGAUUGUAAUUGAUGACUUAUGGGCCUCCUCAACAUGGGAAGUUAUUAGCCGUGCUUUUCCUGAUGGUGAUUGUUGCAGCAGAAUAAUAGUAACCACAGAAAUUGAGGAUGUAGCAUUGGCAUGCAGUAGGUAUCAGCUUAAGUACAUGUAUGAGAUGAAUCCUCUUGAUGGUGAUCAAUCAAGGAAGUUAUUCCUCGGUCGAGUUUUUGGGUCUGAAAGUGGUUGUCCUCCAGAUUUCAAAGAAGUUACAUAUGAGAUUACCCGGAAAUGUGGAGGUUUACCAUUAGCAAUUGAAAAUAUAGCCAGCAUGUUGGCAUGUGAAUUAGACAUCGAUCUAUGGAAGCACGUGCAAGAUUCUUUACCCUCUGUUUUGAGUUUGAGGACAAGCCCUGGUCCGGAAGGGUUGAAAGAAGUUCUGAACAUUAUUUACAAUAAUCUUUCACCAUAUUUGAAGACAUGCUUGCUAUAUCUUAUUAUGUAUCCAGAGGGCGACACUAUCAGCAAGGAAGACUUGGUGAAGCAAUGGGUAGCUGAAGAUUUAAUAGGCGAAGGGCAAGACAGAGAGAGAACUGCACGGGGUUAUUUCGAUGAGCUUGUCAGUAGAGGAAUGAUCCAACCUGUUGACAGAAAUUAUAAUGAUGUGGUGUUGACAUGCACAGUUCACCACAUGGUACUAGAUCUUAUUAGGUACAAAUCACUGGAGGAGAAUUUUAUCAUUAAUGUGAGCUGUUUUCAAACAACUCCAGGUCUUCCUGACAAGGUUCGCCGACUGUCUGUCCAGUUCGGUGGUGCAAAAUGUGCUAAUUUGCCGGCAGACUUUAUGAUGACUCAAGUUAGAUCGCUUAUAUUUUUUGGCUUCUUGAACUGUGUACCUUCCUUUGUGGAAUAUAAGCUUCUUCGAGUGCUGUUUCUUCAUAUCUGGGCUGAUGGAAGCAAAAUAUUUGACCUCACCAGAAUUGGUGAACUGUUUCAGCUGAGAUAUCUGAAAAUUGAUGGCAACAUCACUGUCCAUCUGCCAGACAAGAUUCGACAGUUAAAAUUCUUGGAGACACUAGAGUUGCAUGCACCAGUAAAUGAUAUGCCAUCGGAUAUUAGUUGCUUGCCAGUACUUCGCACUCUGGGCUAUUUUGAUCUCAGCAAGAACUCAGUUGAGAAUGUACAGAGCCUUGGCGAGCUGAACAAUCUCGAAGACCUUCAUCUCACCUGGUCUAACAUUGCAGAGCCUGAUAAUAUGAAGAACAAUAUGCAAUGCUUGGGUUCAAUUCUCUGGAAACUCAGCAACCUCAAGUCUUUAACUCUAGUACCUGCAGCCUCUCAUGCAGAUGUUCUGGAAGAUGCUGGUGGUGCAAGUGUGAGUGUCUUGAGCAGCUUGUCCUCUCCUCCGGCUCUUCUUCAGAGGCUUGAGCUGUCAGGGCGCUGUUGCAUCUUUUCCAGCCUACCCGAGUGGACAAAAGAACUUGGCAAUCUCUGUAUUUUGAAGAUUGCAGUUAGGAAGCUGUUGAGAGAAGACAUUGAUAUCCUCAAAGGAUUGCCUGCCCUCAUGGCUCUCUCGCUGUAUAUCUGCACUGCCCCUGUAGGAAAGGUCGUCUUUGAUAAUGAGGGAUUCUCGGUGCUCAAAUACUUCAAGUUCGCAUGUGCUGCCCCAUGCAUGGCAUUUCUGAAAGGGGCAAUGCCUAGUGUCCGGGAGCUCAAGCUAGCAUUCAAUGCUAAUAGGAUGGAGCAAUACCCCGAGGUAGUUCCUGGUUUAGAGUACCUGAUAGAACUUAGAGAGAUCACUGCAGAAGUUUGGGGCACUGGUGCUGAUGAAUCCGAUAAAAGGUACGCUGAGUCGAAAUUAAGUGGUGCCAUUGCCAAUCAUCCAUGCACUCCUAUAGUCAGAGUACAAUGUGUAGAUCAGAUUUUAUUCGGUUCCUUCACACAAGAACAAGAACACUGGACUCUGGAAGAGCAGGACAAGAUACAAGAGGAACUGCUUGGUCCUCUUCCUGAAUUUCUUAUUUCCACUCCAAGCACACCAACACAAAUGAGAUAUGGAGAGCAGGAUGAAGGAAGAGAUAGAUUAGUUGAAGUGCUGACACAAGAACAGGAACACUGGACUCUUGAUCCUGUUCCUGAACUUCCUUGCACUCCAAGCACACCAACACAAACAAGGGAUGGACAAGCCCUGCCCACCGCCACCUCUCACCGGCCGGAGUCCUCAGGUCCGGCGAUGGGAAAGGCGGCGCGGUGGAUCCGGGGCUUCCGAGGCGGCGGCAGCGGUAAGAAGGAGCAGAGCAAGGACCAGAAGCCGAUACUUCCGCCAAACAAUGCCAAGUGGUGGCGCUUCGGCAGGUCGUCGCGGGACUCGGCGGAGGCCGCUGCCGCUGCUGCGGCUACGUCGGCGCACGGGGGCAACGCGGCGAUCGCGAGGGCGGCUGAGGUGGCUUGGCUCAGGUCGCUGUACGACGAGACGGAGCGGGAACAGAACAAGCACGCCAUCGCCGUGGCGGCGGCCACCGCAGCAGCGGCCGACGCGGCCGUGGCUGCGGCCCAAGCCGCCGCCGAGAUCGUGCGUCUCACGAACAAGGGCCGCGCCGCCGACGCCGGCGAGCACCACGGACCGUCGGCCGCGGCGGUCCGGAUCCAGGCGGCAUUCCGAGGCUUCUUGGCUAGGAAGGCGAUGCGAGCGCUCAAGGCGGUGGUGAACCUGCAAGCGCUGGUGCGCGGCUACCUCGUGCGAAAGCAGGCGGCCGCCACGCUGCGGAGCAUGCAGGCGCUCGUGCGCGCGCAGGCCAGCACCGUCGCCAACGCCUCUCUCCCGCAGCUCCAGCAUUCUUCUUUUCGGCCGCACCGCUCGUUGGGCUUCAACAAGGAGAGGACGCCAAGGAUCUUCGUGCUGGGGCUGAGAUGA